UUCUCCUUUGUGAAGUGGUUGUGAACUAUUGCAAAAAUUGCAGAAAUCUGCAAGGUUGUACGCGGGGGGGACUGAAAUGAAAUGAAAUGUCUCAAAUUCAGUUGUCAAACAGUUAUUUUAAGGUUAACACAUAUUUCUAACAUAUUUGGCAAACUAGUGGACUUAAAAAUGAGAAAUUUUGUUUGUGAACUCGAACAAUUUAAUAAACCAUACGUUCAUAUUAAAGAUAAAGAUGCUGUCAAUAAAAAAAUUAGCAAUUUAAUUAAUGGAGGUAUGAAUAAAUUACAAUUAGUUUCAGAUUUUGAUAAAACUAUAACCAAACAGCAUGAAAAUGGAAAGAGACACCGAAGCAGUUUCAAUAUGUUCUAUGAUUGUCCUUCACUCACAACAGAAUACAUAGAUGCAGCCAAUGCCUUAGAUAAGAUAUACGCACCGCGUGAAAUAGAUCCCACAAUUCCUAGAGACGAAAAAAUAAAGUUGAUGAAUGAAUGGUGGACAUUAUCGGAGAAAAUAUUAAAAGGUUUAGUUGUUCCUCCAGAAGAAAUUGAAAAUAUAUGUGCGAUUGUUGGACCGUCUAUGAGGGAUGGGACCAAAGAAUUUUUUGAAUUUCUCGAAUCAAAAAAAGUUCCCAUAUUGGUGUUUUCCGCUGGACUCGGAGACACUGUUGUAGCCGUACUUAAGCACUGUGAAGUUUAUUUAUCUAAUGUAGAGGUUGUAUCUAACUUUUUAAAAUAUGAUUCGGAAGGUAGAAUAGAAGGCUUCAAGGAUCUUCUUAUACACGUGUACAACAAGAAUGAAGUGGCUAUCAAAGACACAGAGUUUUACCACAAAAUAGCCGACAGAGAGAAUGUUAUUUUAAUGGGCGACUCUUUAGGAGAUGCUAACAUGGUUGGUGGUUUAGACAACAUACAUGAAGUUUUAAAAAUUGGAUUCCUUUAUGAAAGGAUUGACGAAGCGUUACCAGAUUACUUGGAUACCUUCGAUAUAGUUUUGGUAGACGACCAAACGAUGGAUAUACCAAGAGCUAUAUUAGCUUUAAUUGAUUCCAAAGAUGAAAGGCCUGGGGAUAGCGUAUAAAUGUUAAGCGAAUAAUUUAUUUAUUUUUCUGAAUAAAAUGAUUUAUUUUUAAAA